CUUCAUUCAGAAUGCCUCGGAAACCCAAGUUCAUUCCAGGGCCUUCUCGCCUGUCUGUCAUACUGAAGGAGUUGAAUGAGGAACCAAGGUUAUCCUUGACUGGUCUGCGGGGGAUAAGCUUGAAGUUGGCUGCAAAAAACGAUCAUUUCGGAGCACGACCUAGGCAUUUUGUGAAGGAGGAGCUCGGACGCAUACGCUAUGCCAAUCCACAACUCAACGUGGAGGUCAACAAAGUUCCAAAAUCUCUACAAGACAAUUGGACACCUGAGAUGGUCGUCGAGUUCGGUGACUCGAUUUCUUCUGUUAAACUUGCUUCACGUUCUGACAGACUUCAUUGUUCCCCCUUUACCACUGUUUCUAUCAAAUGUACAGAGGACGGAGCCAAGACCACCAUCGACAUUUCAAAUAAAUGGUCCACAUCCAUUACCAAGGAACUAAUGGAUCUUGCUGGUGGUGAUGUAUGGAAAGAGCACAAGGCUGCUGCUCAAUCUGCUGGUCUGCCUAUUCUUCCAGGCGAGGAGAAGGAACGCUUAGCUGCUGUCAAGAAACGGACACCGAAAUCGAGCACGCGUAACCCAGAGAAUCUGGAAGCCAUGGUGGAAAAUAUGUUGUCAUCACCUGAGCGUCCAAAGACUGGAGCUGCUGCCAUAUUACCCUAG